AUGGGGCACACGCACAGAGAAAAAUCAAAAGACCGAAGAGAUAAGAGAUUGCAACAGAUAUCUCUUAUGAGAACCAUUCCUUAUUCUGAUCACCAGAGGUGGUGGUCUAAAGAAACUGUUGCUGUGGUUACCGGUGGAAACAGAGGAAUAGGGUUUGACAUUUGUAGACAACUUGCUGAUCAUGGAGUUACUGUUGUACUGACAUCAAGAGACACAGGUGUAGGUGUUGAAUCAGCUAAGGUCUUGCAAGAAGGUGGUCUCACUGAGGUGGCUUGUCAUCAACUUGAUAUAUUGGAUCCCUCAUCCAUCAACCAAUUUGCUGAGUGGUUGAAGGAAAAUUAUGGUGGUUUAGACAUUCUGGUAAAUAAUGCUGGUGUUAGUCUCAAUCAAGAUAACAAUUAUCAAUAUGAAAAUGCUCGGAAAGUUAUUGAAACAAAUUAUUAUGGCACUAAGAGAAUGAUUGAAGCUAUGAUUCCAUUGAUGAAACCAUCUGCUGCAGGUGCCCGUAUUGUAAAUGUCACCUCUCGCUUAGGUCGUUUAAAUGGUAAACGAAAUAGAUUAGAAAAUGAUGCAUUGAGGGAGCAACUAAGUGAUGAGGAAUCCCUCACAGAGGAACUAAUUGAUGGAAUGGUAUCUACUUUUCUACAACAAAUAGAGGAUAACAAUUGGAGAUCAGAAGGGUGGCCUCAGAAGUACACUGACUACUCAGUGUCAAAACUUGCAGUUAAUGCUUAUACAAGGUUUUUGGCCAGGAAGUUUUCUGAAAGGCCAGAGGGUGAAAAGAUUUACGUCAACUGUUAUUGCCCUGGUUGGGUGAAAACUGCUCUAACAGGAUAUGCAGGAAGUGUUUCAGUUGAGCAAGGAGCUGAUACUGCAGUUUGGAUUGCUCUUUUUCCUGAUCAAGCAAUUACUGGGAAAUUCUUUGCUGAAAGAAGGGAGAUUAACUUUUAA